CCAAAGUCAGCCACUCAACUGACUGAGCCACCCAGGCACCCCAUCCAAAUGAUUUUCUGUCUCUGCUUCUAAAAUCUUCCCCUUCUCGUGUGUAUCCCCACGAGGGACCAGCAGGUGGAGGCUUCUCCGUGCCACCCCUUAUCUGGGAUAUCAGAAGGGGCAACUGAGAGCUGUGAGGUGGUUCUCUGAGGGCCAGGACCAUUCUAGGGCUUUCGUGGUCUUGCUGCAGACCACAUGCCCCAAAGGCUCCACCACCAACACACACAGACCCUCCCCCAACAUCCUCUAAUCAAGAGACAGACCUCCAUUAUCAUUCUGGGGAUCUUCUUGGAUUGUUCCCCAAACACUUCAGGGCAGCCCUCUGAGGCUCCAUGUACCAUAUGCUAUUUCUUUAUGUAUUUUUUUUGCCUCGUUAACAAAUACUUCUUUCUGGACUCAGGCCAGUCCUGUUAAACCUUCAUGCCCAAACAGCAUUGGCCCCUCCCCAAGUGCUGGGUGGGGCUUGGGACCAGCUAAAGGCCCCAAGCAUCUGUGGGUGUUGUGUCAAACCAGCCCCAUCUUGCCUAAUCAUCUGCAGAAGCUUGCUGAUGAAAACCUUGUGACAGAAGGGGAGAGAGACUUGUCUUAGAGUUGGCUGUACCAACAGCACCAGGGUGCAGCUAAAGAGCACUCACUCACUUUGCUGCUUCCUUAAGAGCCUGCCAGCAGCCCCACCAGCCCCAAUCCUCACACUCAGCCAUGAUAAGGAGAGGCUUCCAGGCAGUAAUAAGACUUGGCCACCACAGAGUCCUUCCUGGAGCCCCCCACAUCCUGCCCAGACUCAACCGCACCUCAGCGUUUGGAUCCUCCACAGACUCCCUGGUUUCAAGAUUCUGCCUGGAGAAGACGGAUUUGAAGGAUUAUGCCCUUCCCAAUGCCAGCUGGUGUCCAGACAUGCUGAACUUGUACCAGGAAUUUCUGGAGAAGACCAAGACUGAUGGCUGGAUCAAACUACCCUCCUUCAAGUCCAACAGAGACCACAUCCAGGGGCUCAAGCUCCCAUUCGGGUUAGCAGCUACCUCAGACAAAAGCGACUGGCGCAUCUUUACCAGGUGCCUCCAAGUGGAAGGACAAGGCUACGAGUAUGUCAUUUUUUUCCACCCAUCAAGGAAGAAGUCCAUCUGUCUUUUCCAACCUGGCCCCUACCUGGAGGGGGCCCCAGGGUUUGCACAUGGAGGGUCCCUGGCCGCCAUGAUGGAUGAGACCUUCUCUAAAACUGCUUACCUGGCUGGAGAGGGGCUGUUCACACUAAGCCUCAACAUCAGGUUCAAAAAUUUGAUCCCUGUGGGCUCUCUGGCUGUGCUGAAUGUUGACGUGGAAAAGAUCGAGGACCAGAAGCUUUACAUGUCCUGCAUCGCCCAGAGCAGGGACCAGCAGAGAGUCUAUGCCAAGUCCUCAGGUGUUUUCCUUCAGCUGCAGCUGGAAGAGGAAUUGUCCCAGUGACAGUCACUGUGCCUGCUCAGGACCCACUGCAGAGCAAGGAGGUGUCUCCAGGAAGUGACUGGUGAGAUGAAGAAGAGGGCACUUUCCUCUGAGUAAAUAAAGAUUCACAACUCCUUCUCAGGCUAAGACCCUUCUGUAGUGGGAAGCCAAGAUCCUGCCAGCACCCCCCACACACCAACUUUCCCAUCAUCACCAACCAAGAGAUUUCUUCAGCACCUGCACGUCGAGGCCCUGGGUGAGGCACCGAGCACACAGUAACGAGAGACAAAGACAGAGCCCCGGUGCUGAGGUGAACAACAGCAGGCCACAAGCAGGGGGCCCUCAGCUCCUGCCACCCCACCCUGGCUCCUGCCGUGGAUGCAGUACAGACACAAAGGGAGGGGUCAAUUUCACUCUAUAAAGGAGAUUUAAAAAAAAACACUUUCUAGAGGAAGCAGUGCUUAAACUGAGUCUCAAAACUUGAGUGGUGUUCACCAGGCAAGCAAGGGAGGGGAGGACUCUCCAGGCAAAAGGGAUAGUAAAAGCAAAGGAAUGGGGUAAAAGGGCAGAGUGACUUUGGAGAAGAGCAAGAUUUUGAGUAGGGCAGGAGUUUAGGGAAAGAGAAGGGGGCAGGGCAGGAGCAGACCAUGGAAACCUUCCCAAACCUGGCUAAUGCAACUUGAACUUUGUCUUGUAGGCAAAAGGAAGCUUUUAAAGGGUUUAACGUGGAGGCCGGCAGGGGGCGGACAUAAAGUUUUGUUUUUUAGGAAGACGACUCUGGUGGCAGUAAAGGGGGAGUCAGCAAGCCUGACGGUGGGAACACUGGCUAGGAGGCCCCUGCAAACUCCCCAGCUAGAGAUAGGAAGGCUCUGUCGUGAGUCAGAGCUUUGACAAUGAGAGAGAUGGAAAAUGUUACACACACAAGAGUGUGAGACUUUGCCACUUAUUAUAUGUACUGGAUUUGUGAAGAAGAAUCUUCCAGAAUGACUCCAAGUUUCUGGCCUGGGGAUGGCGGGUGGCCUUGCUGGGAGAACAGAAGAGCAGUUCUGAAGUGGGGGUAGACAAUGAGUUAAGUUUCUCACACAUUGAGCCUGCCGUGCCCGUGGUACUUUUGCCACGUGGCAAGCACCAGCAGGAACCUGGAUGUUGUGGUCUGGAGCUGAAGACUGGUGAACAACUGACUCGGUUUGUAAGUCAUCAAUAUGAAAACUGACACAGGACAGCUGGGAGAGAAGUCUACAGAGUGAUGGGAGGGGAGGGGAAAGAAAUGAAGGAUAGGGAAGGGCUCAGAGAUAGAACCUUUGGUCACACAAAGGGUUAACAUUGGGGCAGAGGACCAAAGAGCCACUAGAGGCCUAAGAUAGGACAGGAGUGACUAUUCUGAAGAGGGAGGGGUCAGCAGUGUCAAAUGCUUAAGAGAAAGCAAGACAGAUGAGAACUAAAAACAGUCCUUUGCCUUGGCAGUAAGGAAGGUGAGGUCUUCUUUGCCGGAAGGUGGGCACAAAAUCCAAAUUAUGUUGAAUGAAAAAUGGAUGGAAAUGACAAAGUGACUCUAGAUGAUUCUUUCUAAGAAUUUUGUUUGUUGUUGUUGUUGUUGUCAAUGUUAUUUAAAGAAAGAGGGUUGAGUGUAUUUAUAAAUUGCUUUGGAAGGAGCCAGUGGAGAGAGGCUGAAACUCUAGGAGAAAGAGAGGCAUCAUCCAACAGAACAGCUGUCUGGUCUUAGAGAUGGAUCAAGAGCACAAAUGGCAACAGCAUCAGUGACUCUGAUACCAAGCAGAAUGGGAGGUUGAGAGGAUUCACACCAGAGCACCUCAGCUUCCUCGGUGAAACAGGAGGCAAGGCCAUCUGUGGGGAGAGAGGUCUGGAGGAAGGGCAGUGAUUGGGAUAGGCCACUGUGGGGAU